GCCUGCAGGGCUGGAGAGAGGCGAGGGGCCGGGAGCUCCGCCGGUGGAGGACGCGGGGUCGGUGGUGCGGCGAACAGGGGUCACGGCUCCUUCAGGACUCGCUUCGUCCACCCUGCAGGGUUGACAGCUGGUGACACAGUCCGGUAAAGAGGUCAGGGCAGCUCCAACUGGGCAAACAUAUGAGGCAGGGUGGCAAACACAGUGUGUGUGUAUGUGUUUGUGUGUGUGCACAGAAUGAAGGCCCACACAGGUGCACAUAUCAAUCAUCUAAGUGCACAUGGAGGGAUUUCUUAACAGACCUACUGGGCACUGUUCCAGGGGUCCGAGAGGUCAGAGGGGCCCAGUGACUACAAAUACACAGGGGAGACUACAAAGAGACGCGAAACAGCUACCAAGAGAUGAAAAUCAACUACAAAGACACGCAAACCACAACCAAGAGAGGCAAAAGAACACCAAAGAGAUGCAAAACGAUAACAGACUGACUGCAGUGGGAUUCAAAAUUACCAGAGAGAAAUGAAUCCAUGGCAAAUAAAAACGAUUGAACUACAAAGAGCCACAGGACCACUGUAGAGUGAUUCAAACAACUACAGGGAGACACAGAAUGGCCACAAAGAUACAUGACAACUACAAAGAGGCGCAAAACGACUACAAAAAGAGACAGAGAGAUCACAAAGAAAGUGAAAAACGACGGCAGAUGGAAACAAAUUGAGCACAAAGAGAACCUGCUGCGUCCUUUGUGGUCGUCUUGUACCUCUUUGUGUCCCUUCCAGUCUGGGUGUCGUGCUACUGUACAUGGGAGAAGCGGUGGGGGCCUUCCACAUGUCUGUGCCCAGAGGCCUAUUGUCUCGUAAUCCGUCCAUGCAUGUGUGUGUCUCCAUGCCUGCACUGCGCGCGUGCGUGUGGCACCGAGCAAGUGGAAUACAGCGCAGCGCUCCACAUUAACGAGUGCGUGAGUGUAAACGCUGAGGGACAGAUGUCACUCGCCGGAUCCUUCCGCUGAAACACUUCUCCAGAAAAGAAAAAAAAAACCGUCCUGUGUGACAGUCGCUGCCCUCCCUCCCCUCGCCUCCCCUCCCUCCUCCCGGCGCAGGAACAAAAAGACAUCUGAGCUGUUCGGAUGGGGAAGAGGAAUCACAGCACUUUGUGCAGCGGGCACCGCGCUCCGGUUUCACAAAGUCCCUGACAGGCGGAGCGGCGCGCUGUUUUUACGCAUAGCCUCCAGUCCUGCGAGGCAUUGUAGACAUUGUUCAGUAGCUGUGUAGUAGACUCCUGAGAAGACACCGGAGCGGCACAGCCUCUGAUAACUGGAUACCUGAGUCCAAAAAAGCUAUUUUGACGCCAGAGCAGCGUGUUGUCAGUGUGAUCCUCUCAUUCACAUCCAGCUGACACGUAAAAAGAAGAAGAAACAAGGCGACCCCCCCCCCCCCCGUGGUUUCGUCUCCGUGGACGCAUUCGUACCGUGCCGAGCUUGACUGCGAUCAGAAAGAGACGCAGAACGUGUUUUUUUUCCUCAUUAACCUUACAGGCUGUUCGGAGGCAAGACCGAACAGGUUAGCGGAGGGGGCUGAGACUCUGCCAAGAAGCCGUGACAGGAGACCGGCCAGUGCAAAAAAAGGAAAAAAAAAAAAAAAUUGGGGCUGCGUAAAAAAAACAAAAAAAAAAAACAACGAGGAGGAGGCGCCUCUCGCGUUGGAGCAGAACCGCUUUAGAUGGAUUCUUCAUGUUCGCUCCAGCCACAGCGGAGACAGCCUGCUCUGAACACUUGCACGCCGUGACAGCGAGGUGGAACGCAACAUGACGCGCCGCAGCGGAUGGAGAGACCCGGACAUGAGCUGCACGCAGCGCGGAGCAAGCGGCGCGCACUUGGAGCGGAGUGCGCACCGGACAGCCGGUGGGACCAGAUGGAGGGUUCGGAGGAAGGAUAGACAGGAGAUUACCUCCGUGAUGUCAGCGAAGGCCAAGGUGCUGCUGUGGGUGCUCCUCUCUCUGCUGCCUCUAGUGGAAGGAGCUCAUAUGACGGCUGGCGCUGCCGGUGCAGGAUCAGACUCGGGCCGCGCUGUGGGCCUGCUGGGAGGCCAGGAGGAGCGGGAGCUUCCUGUGACGCUGCCGGAGGUGGUGGAGGACGAGGAGCAGGAAGGCGACAGUGACCCCUACUCCACUUGGCACGCUCUAUAUGACCCCUUUGUAAUAGAUGAGGUGGACGACCAUCCCAGUAGUCGCUGGGCGGGGCGCUCUCCGCGCUCCUCUGACCCCUCAGAACCUCAACCCAAGGGAUCACCAAAGAAAAAGAAGAAGAGGAAGAAGAAAGAAAAGGAGGAAGAGGAAGAGACAGGAAGAGGGGGCAGAAAGGGCAAAGGUAGAAGCAGGCAGCCGAAGCAAAGCAGCAGGGACUGCCGUGUGGAGAAGAGGGAGAUGAGGGUUCGGGACCUGGGCCUGGGCUUCGACUCGGACGAGAUUGUCCUCUUUAAGUUUUGUGUGGGCUCCUGCCAGUCCUCAAGAACAAACUACGACCUGGCGCUGAAGGCGCUGCUGGAGAACGGCUCGCUGCCCCGGCGCACCGCCCGCAAGGUCAGCAGCCACCCCUGCUGCCGGCCCGACCGGUACGAGCCAGUUUCCUUCAUGGACGCCCAGACCACGUGGAGGACCAUCCAGUCGUUAUCAGCAGCCAGCUGCAUGUGCAUGGGCUGAAGAGGUGACCGGGGGGAGAAGGUGACGAGGAUGGGGUGUCACCCGUCCUGAAGUGGCUCGGUGUGACGAAGGCCUGGGUGCCAGAGGGGGGCACUGUGACACACACUCUCAGCAGAAGAAGUGGUGGCGGCCGCUCGUUGGCUUCCUGCGGUGUAUUUCCUGUCGAGGUGGACGAGGUCUGGGCGCAGCUGGACGAUCGAGGUCAAAAUCAGAGUGAGGGGGAAGUCAUCAGGGAGUCACCGUCUGGAUUUAUUGCUGCGUCUUCAAAGAGUGAAUUGUUUUUUAGUAAUGCAGGACACUCCGGAGCAGUUACCACACAUAAAAGAGACUCUUUAUGUGAGCAUGAGUUAAUGUGGGCGAGACCUGAAGGCUGACGCUGCGGAGAUAUAAAGAACAGACACAAAGGACUGAUACUGUGUUCAUAUUCUGAUUCCGACUUUAAACCAGAGACUGAUGGGAUGUUCACUGUUACUCACAGUGAAGCAGCUCCUCUUCAAAGGCAAUAUCAUUUUCUUCACAUAAAAACAGGCAUUACAUUGUAUAGUUUCUAUGUUCAGGUGAACUCAGACGAACGGAUGCCAUGCAUCUUCAUGUAUUACUGUAUAAAAGUAAAAUAUAUUUAUUUCUGAUAAAUUAUUUAUUUAUUAUAGCUUGAUAUGAGAGCUGUUUUUAUUUACUCUAUAUUGUAGAUAAAUAUCUAUUUAUUGCCAAGAUUCAGAUUUCAUGUUGACAGUUACUUCCAGUACAUAUAUGUUUUAUUUUUUAUUUUAAAGGUGCUGAUUGUCAUAUUUAUCCCACGCCUUAUAAACCGGGGCUGGACAGCUGAUUCUGGGCAGAACUUUGAAUUGAAUUAGAGUCAUUUUCCAAACCAGAAAACUAUUUAAAGGUGCAAUAUUUAAGAAUUAGGCCCCUGUUGAAUUCAUACUCCCAACAAAUGGGGCAGCAUAUUACCAGAGUAACAGCUAACUGGCUUUUUCUACUUAGCUUGUUAGCUCAGUUAGCCGUGAAGCUAGCCAGACAACUCGGGGGAAGUGUUGGUGUUCACACUGCUACUGGAGGAGCUCUGCACCACUGGGAGAAAGAGGUUUUCAGACCCCGUGCUAGCCGGUCAGCAUGCUAACUUAUCUAGAUAUCCUUACAACAAAAUACACAGAUGUCUUUGACUUGACAUCGUGAAUGUUUGGUCACAUUCUUUUGAUUAUUUUGGUGAAUUAAGGAAAGUGUUAUGAUAAAAUUCGUACAUAUUGCACCUUGGAAGCCUCAGAUUCUCUCUCACGUGUCGUCCCAGACAGACUUACAUAAUAAAAAUCAAAAAACAAAUUGACCUACAUUGAAAUGAUUUGGUAUAUUUAAUAAAGUCUGACAGCUGAUCUCUA